GAGGCCACAGCCGGCGCCACGGUCAGCUGAGCAGCGCUGGGCGGGGUCGCGAGGCGACGAGUCAGCCAGAGGUUCCCCGGUCCCUGGUCGGUGCCCUCCUGGCGUCUGCAUCCGGGUCCGAAGCCCGCCCCCCGUGGGCAGCAUGCAGAAGGAGCACUGACCCCGAGAGAGGUCAGAGUGUGAGCGUCCGGAACCAUGUCCCAUCAACCACUUGGCUGCCUGACCGAAAAGAGGGAUAGCCCAAAUGAGACCACCGGAAAUGGACCCCCCAACCUGGCGCACCCCAACCUGGACACCUUCACCCCUGAGGAGCUGCUGCAACAGAUGAAAGAGCUCCUGACAGAGAACCAUCAGCUGAAGGAAGCCAUGAAACUUAAUAAUCAAGCCAUGAAGGGACGGUUUGAGGAGCUGUCAGCCUGGACAGAGAAGCAGAAGGAAGAGCGUCUGUUCUUUGAGACCCAGAGCAGAGAUGCCAAAGAGCGCCUGCUGGCCUUGAGUCACGAAAAUGAACAGCUAAAGGAGCAGCUCGGAACACUGAGAGGGAGAGCGGAACGGUCAGAGCAGUCCUUCGAGGAGUCCUCUGUGAAUCCCAAGGUCCCCAAGGCAGAAGCAGAGCAGGAACUGGAACAGCUGAGGACACAGGUGGCCAGGCUACAGGCUGAGAAGGCUGACCUGCUGGGCAUUGUGUCUGAAUUACAGCUCAAGCUCAGUGCCAGCGGCCCAGCAGAAGACUCCUUUGUUGAGAUCAGGAUGGCUGAAGGAGAAGAGGAUGUGGCAAUAAGAGAACUCAAGACAAGUCCUGGGCCCCCAAGAGCUAAUUCUGUUGACACGAGUAAAUCUGUGGAAGGUAUCAGGAAUUUUUUGGAAUUUGAGGAACUGACUGUGAGCCAGCUCCUGCUCUGCCUGAGGGAAGGAAACCAGAAGGUGGAAAGACUUGAACUUGCACUCAAGGAAGCCAAUGAAAGGAUUUCAGAUUUUGAAAAGAAAGCCAGCAAUCAUUUUGAAAUUGAAACCCAAACAGAAGGAAAUACAGAGAAAUCAGAAGAAAAGGAAAUAGCCCCAGAAAGUGUUGGAAGUGCAGUCAAGGUGUUGAACCUUCAGUUGACAGACCUGUGUAAGGAGCUGCAGGAGGCUCACACAAAACUCAGUGAAGCUGAGCUAAUGAAGAAGAGACUUCAGGAAAAAUGCCAGGCUCUUGAGAGGAAAAAUUCUGCAACCCCAUCAGAACUGAAUGAAAAGCAAGAGCUUGUGUAUAAUAACAGAAAACUUGAGCUUCAAGUGGAAAGCAUGCAAUCAGAAAUCAAGAUGGAGCAAGCUAAAACCGAAGAUGAAAAGUCCAAACUGGCCGCUCUACAGUUGACAUACAGUAUGCUUCUUCAAGAACACAACAAUACAUUGAAAACAAUGGAGGAGCUUAAAAGGAAAGAGUUAGAAAAGGUGGACAAGACGGUACUGCAGGAGCUCCGAGGAAAGCUGGAGCUGGCAGAGAAGGCCCUGGCUGCCAAGCAACUGCAGAUGGAUGAGAUGAAGCAAACCAUCGCCCGGCAGGAGGAGGGCCUGGAAACCAUGGAGGUCCUGCGCGCUCAGAUGGAUGUUUACUGUUCUGACUUCCAUGCUGAGAGAGCUGCAAGAGAGAAGAUUCAUGAAGAAAAGGAGCAGCUGGCACUACAGCUGGCAAUUCUGCUGAAAGACAGUGAAACAUAUGAAGAUGGAAGCAGCAGGCAGUCCCUGAUGGAAAUGCAGAGCCGGCAUAGGGCAAGAGCCAGCGACUCUGACCAGCAAGCUGACCUGGUCCCGAGAGGGGCCGAGGACCAGGGCUGGCCACAGCCACAGCCACAGAGUAUUCCCAUCUACACUUGCCCCAAGUGCUGUGAGGUCCUGCCUGACAUCGACACCUUGCAGAUCCACGUCAUGGACUGCAUCAUUUAAGCAUCGGCCUCCUGCCACCCCCAACUGUUGGUAAACAUCAGAUGUUUCCCUCCAGAAGUUGACUUUUGUGUUCUUUGUUAUUCUCUCUAGUAUCUUGACUCAUAAUGUUUGUUUCAGAAGGAAGAAACUGGACCUUGUUCUUUAUAGGUGGAUUUCCAUAAGAUAGAACUGACAAGAUAGAAUCCUUAUCAGAUGGCUCUUGUGAUAAUGCAUUUUUUAUGUAUGGUAAAUGUGAGCACUGAACUGUUGAUGCAAUUAAGAAUAUAUAAAAAGAAAGAAAAAAACAGUAAGGGCCAGUGAGACAACAUAAUAUUUUACAUAAUGGACUUUCAUGUUUGAGGCUUGGAGAUCCUAAGUUCAGUUUCUGUCACUGCCAUAAGCCUGAUCUCAGCAGUGCUCUGCUUAAAAAAGUGUGUGUGUGUGUGUGUGUGUGUGUGCGCGCGCGCGCGCGCGCGCUUCUUUAUUAUGUAUGAGACCCUGGGCUCAAUCCCUGGUAUUAUAUGAGAGCACCAAGUACCAAGGGGACUCCAUGUGUGGUGGAGAGGUAUUGUGGUGUCCUUCCCUCUCCUCUUUCUCUAUUUCUUCCCCCUUCCCUGCCCCCUAAGUAUACUGAAUAAAAAUCAGGGCCAGGUAGUAGAGCACCUAGAUAAUACACACAUUAUAGUGUGCAAAGACCCAAGUUCAAGUCUCACCUGCAGGGGAGAAACUUCAUGAGUGGUGAAACAGUGCUGCAGAUAUUUCUACCACCUUCUCCCCCCCACCAAUUUCUCUGUCUCUAUCCAAAAUAAAAUAAUAAUGUUAAAAUUAGAAUAGAAAACUGAGUCAGUGUAGCAGUUCAGUGGUAUUAUGCAUAUACAAAGCCCUCUGUUCCUUGGCAUUCCCUGGCAUGUAUAUAAAAAGAAGAGAGCUGGGGAGAUAGUAUAGUGAUUAUACAAAAUAACUUUCAAACCUAAGGUAUCAGGUUCAAUCCCCAGUGCCACCAGAAGAAUUGAAUAAUGCUCUAGUUAAAAAUGAAUAUAACAGGGAGUCGGGUGGUAGCACAGCGGGUUAAGCACAUGUGGUGCAAAGCACAAGGACCGGCGUAAGGAUCCCCGGUUCAAGCCCCAGGCUCCCCACCUGUAGGGGAGUCGCUUCACAGGAGUUGACGCAGGUCUGCAGGUGUCUGUCUUUCUCUCCCCCCUCUGUCUUCCCCUCCUCUCUAUUUCUCUCUGUCCUAUCCAACAACAACAUCAAUAGUAACUACAACAAUAAAACAAGGGCAACAAAAGGGAAUAAAUAAAUAUUUUUUUAAAAUAAUUAAAAAUGUAUAUAAUUAAUAUAAUAAAUAAAAUUCAAAAAGAAGAAUGAGUAUUUACAUCAUGAGACAGACAAAAGUGAAAUUGAGGGAAGAAAUCUCAUGCAUACAUUUUAAGAAUCAUUGAUAGAGGAGGCUAGAAAGCUGAUAUAGUUUCAGAUUUAAUAAAAAUCUCUGAGAAAUAUUUUUAAAUAUUAUAUUGGGUUUUUUUUUCUAUGUAUUUGAGGCAGACCUUGGGGAUGUGUGUUUGUGUGUUGCAGCUGGGAGGGGUGAGCGUCACAGCAAUGACACCAAAGUCAUGGUGUGGCUCUUUCCCUGGAAAUCUUUGGUAUCAGUGAAGACACACUGGCAUGUCUUCAGUGGAUGCAGGAGGACCAAUGGAAUUCACGUCAUCAGUCACCGUGUAAAUAAACAUGUUACCUCUGCCCCUUUCUUGAGCUGCAGGAACAUGGACUUGUCCAGUAAAUCACUGAUGGACUUCUAAGAGAACAAAUGUUUAUUAAUCUUUCUUCCUGGAUAAGAUGCUAUAUUCAUAGCCACAAAAAUAGAGACUGCAGAAUAAAAUUGUGCUUAUGACUCCUA